AUGGCGCCGGGAUCGGAGUCACAGGCGGCGGCGACGACGGCGGACCCGUCGUGCCCGCCGUUCCCUCUCCUAGAGGAGGAGGACGGAGGCCACAUCCACGAGCAGGAGCAGGAGGUGCCGCACGGUGGCGAGCUGGAGCUCCCGACCGUGGACCUGGAGGCUCCGGGGGAGGCGCUGGCGGCGGCGUGCCGGGGACUCGGCGUGUUCCGCCUCGCCAACCACGGCGUCCCCGCGGAGCUCUCCGCGCGCCUCUUCGCGACGGCGCGGGCCGCGCUUGCCGGGGCGCCGUUCAGCGACAAGCGCGCGCAACCGGGCUACUUCUGGGGCACGCCGGCGCUCUCGCUCCGCGUUCGGGACGUCAACUGGGUCGAGGGCUUCCACGUCGCCCUGGGGGUGGGCCACCAGCAGCCCGCACCGCUCGGGGACCUACUCGACCUCGCGGCGGAGUACGGCGCGCACAUGGCGCGGGUGGCGCGGGCGCUCUUCGACGCGCUCGCCGCGCCGCUGGGCCUCGGCGCGGGCCAGGCGUCGACCUACCUCGCGGAGCGCGACGGGUUACUGCGGGUGUACCGCUACCCGCGAUGCCCCGAGCCCGGGCGCCUCGGGAUGGAGGCCCACACUGACAGCUCCGUGCUCUCCGUCAUCAACCAGGACGCCGUCGGUGGCCUGCAGGUGCUCCACGACGGCGCGUGGCGCAACGUCGCGCCGGGAGCCGGCGAGACGGGCACGCUGCUGGUAAACCUUGGCGACAUGGCACGGGCCAUCAGCGGCGAUGCGUACUGCAGCGUGCGCCACCGGGUGGCGGCGAGCCAGGCGGCGGAGAGGCUCUCGCUCUGCUACUUCGCGUUCCCGCGGGACGACGCCGUCAUCAGCUGCGCUAGCGGCCGGUACAGGCCCUUCACCUACGCCGAGUUCCGGGAGCAGGUGCAAGCUGAUAUUAAGGCCACUGGAUCCAAGGUCGGCCUCGAGCGCUUUCUUCUUCGCCACUAA